AACGUGACGCCGCCGCGGAGACGAUUGGGGAAACGGCGAACAGAUCGUGACGGGACCGAGGAUAUCUACCUAUACAACCAGCAGUGUUGGUCUGCGCCGCUCAUUACACGAACCCACACGCAGUAGCGAUGACGGGAAAAGCUGCUCUGGCCGUCGUGCUCCUGAUGUGCCUGUCGCAGGCCAUCGACAACUGCAAUGGGUUUAUAACGCCAAGAGAGAAACGUCAAGCUGAUGAAGGCGACGAACAAUCAGUUGAUGAACUAUGUAAAAACCGACCAGCUGAUGAGUACUUUCGUUUAACGAUCGAAGGUGACUGUAGAGACGUCGUAAGGUGCGACCAAGCAGGCGAGAACGGCAUUACCCGUCUCGCAGGCGUCCGAUGCCCUCAAGGAUUAGCUUUUGACAUUGAUCGUCAGACUUGCGAUUGGAAAACUCGUGUGAAAAAUUGUGACAAAUUAGAUAAACCCAGAAAAGCUUUACCAAAUUUGAAAACAGACGAACCAGUAUGUCCAAAAGACCAAUUACAAUGUGGUAGUGGUGAAUGUAUAAACAAAGAUCUUUUCUGUAAUGACAGAUACGAAUGCAAUGACGAGUCUGACGAAAACGCUUGCAGCGUGGAAACUGACCCGAACCGUGCGCCAGAUUGUGAUCCGAACCAAUGUGUGCUGCCUGAUUGUUUCUGCUCAGCUGACGGUACCAGAAUACCCGGAGGAUUGGAACCUAGUCAGGUACCUCAAUUGAUCACUAUUACAUUUAACGGUGCCGUUAAUGUCGACAACAUGGAUUUGUACGAAGAGAUUUUCAAUAACGCGUUGCCCAACCGAAUGAACCCUAACGGUUGUUCCAUCAAAGGAACGUUCUUUGUGUCGCACAAGUACACCAAUUAUGCUUUCGUACAAGAAUUGCAUCGCAAAGGACACGAAAUCGCCGUGUUCUCGUUGACACACAAAGACGAUCCGAAGUACUGGACCGGUGGAUCUUACGACGAUUGGUUGGCCGAGAUGGCCGGAGCUAGACUCAUUACAGAAAGAUUCGCUAACAUCUCUGACGGUUCGAUCGUCGGCAUCCGCGCGCCAUACCUGAGAGUCGGCGGCAACAAGCAGUUCCAGAUGAUGGAACAUCAGUUCUUCGUGUACGACGCCUCCAUCACCGCCUCCUUAGGCCGCGUUCCCAUCUGGCCGUACACCCUGUUCUUCAGAAUGCCACACAAGUGUAACGGUAACGCCCAGAACUGUCCUAGCCGAAGCCAUCCGGUAUGGGAAAUGGUCAUGAACGAGCUGGACAGACGUGACGAUCCGACUUUCGACGAGUCUCUGCCAGGUUGUCACAUGGUCGAUUCCUGUUCGAACAUCCAAACCGGCGAACAGUUCGGACGCUUGCUCAGACACAACUUCAACCGUCACUUCUCCACCAACCGUGCCCCGUUGGGAUUACACUUCCACGCUUCGUGGUUGAAGAGCAAAAAAGAAUUUAAAGAUGAACUGAUCAAGUUCAUCGAAGAAAUGUUGAAGAGAAACGACGUGUACUUCGUCAACAUGUUACAAGUUAUUCAGUGGAUGCAAACACCAACCGAACUGGACAACAUGAGAGAUUUCACAGAAUGGAAAGACGAAAAUAGCAAAUGUGAUGUCAAAGGACAACCGUUCUGCUCGCUAUCAAAUCCCUGCCCAUUGACCACCAGAGAACUCCCAGGAGAGACGAUCAGACUGUUCACCUGCAUGGAAUGUCCCAAUUAUUACCCAUGGAUUUUAGAUCCCACUGGUGACGGAUUCUCUACAAGAAGAAAGCGGAACGUUCACUUAAACUUCAAAAAUAAAAACAAAAAUCACUACGUCUAGUCACAGUUUUAACUUGAAUGUCAGAUAAAAUAAAGACAUCUCAUUUGUGAUUUUUUUCUGUUUCGUGCUCUACAUUUCAUUGUUUUUAUAUUCGAUAGAAAGUAAAAUUUGAAUGU